GACGGCGGCGGCGGCCCCCGCGGGUUCACAGGGCAGUGCAGCCAUGUGCCCCCUCCCCAGCUGGGCACCCUGCAGAUCAUUCAUGGCAACGGCACAGCCGUCGGGACGGUCAUCGCCUUCCAGUGUGCGGCCGAGCACCAGCUGGAGGGGCCGGGCGUCAUCACCUGCAUAUGGAAGGGGAACAAUACCCAGUGGACGGCAGAAGUGCCCUCCUGCAAGCCCAUAUCGAAGUAUGAGACUUUUGGAUUUAAAGUCGCAGUGAUUGCUUCCAUCGUGAGCUGUGCCAUCAUUCUGCUGAUGUCCAUGGCUUUUUUAACCUGUUGUCUCAUCAAGUGUGUGAAGAAAAGUGAAAGGAGGAGGACUGAAAGAGACAUGCAACUGUGGUAUCAGCUCAGAACUGAAGAAUUGGAGAACAUGCACGCUGCUUACUUUGGUUAUAAGGGAAGAAAUAACAACAACAACAAGAAACUCAGGAAUAAUUCUGUAUUUGAUGAUGUGACUAACAUGGCAUAUGACAACCAAGGCUUCUACAGAUUCCAGGAGGAGUGGACUCGGGACAUGGCAGCUUCGGGGCGCUGCAAAGCCGGUGAGCGGCUGCCCAAGCUCAGCAGCAGCAGCAGCAGCAGUGCACCUGGGAGAGCCACAGUGCCAGGACACAGCACUGCUCUGCACACCGCGAAUUCAGUCCAUGUGGUUCAGGUCUAUGGACACACAGACAGAUACAACAAACCCAGGUGUCAGAUACCUGGCUAGCUGCUGGCUGAAGUGCACUUGCUUCUCUGGACCAAAAUGAAGUGGAUCGAAAUAAUGUGCCUUAAAGAUAACGCAGGAAGUUAACUACUCAUUUGAAUCUGAAAGUUUUAUAUAUUACAAAGUGAUUAUUUAACAGGAAUACUUUGAGGUCUGAUAUAAAUAAAAUAAGGAAUGUUGAGGCUGGCUGUCAGCAGCCAUUCUCUGCAGUGCUCUGUGUGUUGUGGCCGUGGCAGAGCAUCAUGGCUUUCUUGUGUACCUCCCGAGAGGAACGGGAGCCGGUUUGUGUCUUUGCCUCAUAGAAAUUCACUGGUGAUAAUUACACUUUCAUUACACCUUC